AAUGGAGACAGAUAUGUGUGAGAGUGGUUGGCUGAUUAAAAGUAUGACAGAGGAAAAUAUACUCAUGCUCUAACAGAUGAUGGAGAAUGGGUUUAAGAUUAAAUAUGGAAUAGGGUAAUAGAUUUUUUGGCAAUUAUAUAAUGAAAUUUAUUAGGAAUGGAGAUCAAUAUGUCGGAGAUUGGCUUUAGGAUUAAAUGCAUGGCAAAAGAAUUUCAUAACAAAGAAGGAAUUGUAUAUGCUGGUUAAUUUUUCUACAAUUACAAUAUUCUAAUAUUAAUAUAAUUAAUAGUAUUCUAAUAUUAAUAUAAUUAAUAGUAUUGAAUAGUAAAGAAUGUAGUGGUUGUUGA